UAUGUUCUCGCUAUGAUUUUUGCCAUUGAAGAAAUAAAAAGAGAUAAGUUUUUGGUGCCAAAUAUUACCUUAGGAUAUGAGAUUUAUGAUUCAUGCUAUUCAGAUUCUGCUGCAAUUGACGCUACUUUGAGUUACUUAUCAGGCAAGCAAAAAAAGGUUCCAAAUUUCAGCUGCAAGUUAGCACCCCCAAAAUUGGCUGCAUUAAUUGGAGAUUCCCCAUCAUCUGGUUCAGUGUCCGUGGCUCGUAUUCUAGGACUCAAUUUGUUCCCACAGAUCAGCUAUGCCUCAGCUCUUCCCUCGCUGGCAGAUAAAGUCCAAUUUCCAUCUUUUUUACGCACUGUUGGAACUGUAGACUCUCAACCAGUUGCGGUUGUUCACAUGAUUAUGCAUUUUAAAUGGACCUGGGUGGGUAUAUUAGCUUCUAAUACUGACUAUGGAGUGCAAGGCACUCAAAAACUGAAAUCAGAGAUGGCAAAAAAUGGCGUAUGUAUUGCAUUUGCUGAAAGUUUGUCCUCCGAGCCUAGUCCAGACAACCUUAAUUAUAUUGUCAAUAUGGUAAAGAAAUCAACAGCUAGUGUGGUUGUGCUAUAUGCCUAUGCUACAGAGAUAAUUCCUUUUCUUCAAAUCAUUGCUGCCCAAAAAAUAACUGGAAUAGUUUGGCUUGCCGUGGGAAGUUGGUUACCUUCGGCUGUGUUUUCACAAAAGGAAUUAUGGGAGACUUUAAAUGGGACCAUUGGUCUUGCAAAAUACAGUGCAGAUAUCCCAGGAUUUAGAGAUUUUUUAUACAGUAUACAUCCAUCUAAAUAUGUCAAUGAUAUAUUUAUUAAGGAAUUUUGGGGACAUGUAUUUUCAUGUAGCUGGAAUGAAAAUAAUGUCUCAGAGACAAUUUUAUAUGGAUCCAAUGUCACAUGUACAGGAAAGGAAGACCUGCUAAGACUGGAUAACUCUAUAUAUGAUACAACAAACUUCCGACUUGCUGUUUCUGUGUAUAAUGCAGUAUAUGCUGUGGCACAUGCUAUUCAUGAUAUGCUCUCGUGUGAACCUGGUGCAGGACCUUUUGUCAAUAGAGCAUGUGCAAGCAUUAAGGAUUUUCAGCCUUGGCAGCUUUUUUAUUACAUCAAACAUGUACAAUUCCUGAACAAAGCUGGGGAAAGAGUGGCUUUUGAUGAAAAAGGUGAACUGAAAGGAUUAUAUGAUGUUCUCAAUUGGCAAGUUUCACAUGAUAUGAAAGGCAGUUUGGUCAAAGUUGGCAUUUUUGAUGACUGGGGCCCUAAAGGAGAAAAACUGGUCCUUAAUGAAAAUGUAAUUUUGUGGGGAGAAAAAUAUUCUCAGGUGCCUUCCUCUGUGUGCUGCAAAAGUUGUCUCCCCGGAUACAGGAAGGCACAAAGAGAAGGAGAACCACUUUGCUGUUAUGAUUGUAUUCCAUGUUCGGAUGGCGAAAUAUCCAACCAGUCUGAUGCAACCGAAUGCCUCCGAUGUUCAGAAGAUCAGUGGUCAGAUGAUAAUAAAAUGAAGUGCAUCCCGAAAGUAAUUGAGUUUUUAUCAUAUGAAGAUCCACUUGGCAUUGCUAUAUUCAGUGCGUCUAGUGUCUGUUGUCUAAUUACGUUUUCUGUAAUCUGCAUUUUUAUCCGAUACCACAAUACCCCACUGGUCAAAGCCAAUAACAGGAGUCUGAGUUACUUACUUCUUGUGGCUCUCAUUCUCUGCUUUUUCUGUUCAUUUCUCUUUAUUGGACGACCUUCAAAGAUAACUUGUCUCAUUCGUCAGUCGAUUUUUGGAACAAUAUUUUCUCUGUGUGUUUCUUGUAUCUUUGCAAAAACAAUUACAGUAGUUAUUGCUUUUAAUGCAACAAAACCUAAUAGUGCUCUAAGAAAAUGGGUAGGAUCCUUAAUUCCAAAUUCUAUCAUAUUUAUUGGCUCCAGCAUUCAAAUCUUAAUUUGCAUUUUUUGGGUUAUAUUUUACCCUUCCUUUCCAGAGCGAAACAUGAAAGUUACAAAAGAUAAAAUAACUAUAGAAUGUAAAGAUCAGUCAAGCAUAUUUUUUUAUUUAAUGUUGGGCUUUUUGGGUUUUUUAGCUUUUCUGACACUUAUAGUUGCAUUUUUGGCAAGGAAAUUACCCGAUGGCUUUAAUGAGACUAAAUUUAUUACAUUCAGUAUGCUGGUUUUCACAAGUGUAUGGAUAUCAUUUAUUCCUGCUUAUGUUAGUACUAAAGGCAAAUAUAUGGUUGCAGUGGAAAUAUUUGCCAUUUUAUCAUCCAGCUUUGGACUUUUAUGUUGUAUUUUUGCACCUAAGUGUCACAUAAUUAUUCUUAAACCUCAAAUGAAUAGCAGAGAAUACUUGAUAUCAAGAUUUCAUCUGUCAGGUAAACAAUAA